AUGGAAUCUUAUUACUCUCAAGAUAAAUUUAAUGCCACUUCAUAUGAUGCCAUGGCUAUUGUAAUCAUUGCAUUUCAGGCAUUUGCUGGCAUGUGGAUAAACACUUUCAUUGUUUCUGUGGUUUGUAUUGCCUGGGUCAAAAAGAAAAACUUUAAUGAGAACUUCUUGCUGUUUCUGGGAUCCCAGAUUUGGUAUUUGUGCAUCUCAUGGGUAUAUUCCUUUCUUUCAAUAAUUUAUCCCUGGUGCUUUUAUGUUCACCCCAUACCCCAACCAUUUGCAGCUAUUCAAAGCUUUUUAAAUUCUUCCAGCUUGUGGGUUUCUGCCUGUCUUUGUGGCUUUUAUUGUAUAAAAAUUGCAAAUUUCAGGCACAUCUUCUUCAUCUACCUGAAAGUUAAAAUGUUGAUAUUUUAUUAUAAAAAACAAGUAAUUUAA